CGAAAGCCGCAAACAUACUGUUGUGAGAAAUCAAAUAACAAUUAUUCAUUGAUUUUAGGACCAGAUCAUAAUGAGCGAGGCUGCAAUGGGUACUAUACGAUCAGCGCAUUGCAAAUUCAACAAAGAAGAAGAUGCCAGGGCCCUGAAGAAUGCUAUGAAAGGGCUAGGAACCGAUGAGGAUCAGAUAACGGCUGUCCUAGCCAAUCGCACCAAUGCUCAGCGACAGGAAAUCAGGGAAUACUAUAAAACAGCAUACGGAAAAGAUUUGAUUCAGGACCUCAAAGAUGAUUUGAGCGGAAACUACGAGGAGACAAUACUGGCGCUUAUGCAGACUCCGACCGAGUACGACGUUCACAGCUUACAUAAAGCCAUGGAGGGACUCGGCACCGAUGAAAGUGUAUUGAUAGAGAUCCUCUGCACCAGAAGCAAUGGCGAUAUUAAAGCUAUAAAAGAAAUGUAUAAAAAAGUGUAUAAGAAGGAACUAGAGAAGGAUAUUUCUGAUGACACAAGUGGGCACUUCAAACGUCUAUUGAUUUCAAUGUGCACGGCCAACAGAGAUGAGAGUGACAUAGUUGACGAAGAUAAAGUGAAUGACGACGUAAAAACGUUGUUCGAGGCAGGUGAAGACAAAUGGGGAACUGAUGAAUCAGAAUUCAAUCGUAUCUUAGCAACCAGGAGCCAUCCUCAUCUGAGAGCUGUUUUUGCAGCCUAUAAAAAGGCUCAUAAUAAGGACAUUUUUGACGUAAUCAAAAGCGAAACGUCAGGGGAUCUUUGUGAAGGCUACUUGACAAUUGCUAAAUCUAGCAAUGAUCCCACUGAUUAUUACGCGGAGAGUCUGUACAAGUCGAUGAAAGGACUGGGCACUAACGACGAUCGACUCAUUCGGGUCGUCGUCACAAGAUCCGAGAUCGAUCUGGGUGUGAUCAAAACGAGAUUUAAUGAAAAGUACAACAGUUCGCUCGAGCAGUUUGUGAAGGGCGACUGCAGCGGCGACUACAAAAAUGUCCUUCUUGCCAUCAUCAAGACCUAUGCUUAAACCUGUCCAUCAUGAUUAUUAUUUUUCAGAAGAGUAUACUUUAUAAGUAACCCAAAUAUUUGCUGAAUACGACGUCGAUGAAAGAUUAAUGUAUUUAUAAAGAUUAGUUUAACAAUUAUUAGAUAUUAUAAACAUAUUAAAUAAAUAUUGAUAGAUUAAACAGUUCUAUAUUGGCCACAAAUGUGUUCAUAAUGGUAUAGUGAUUAAUGAGAAUAAUAUUACAACACUGUAGUGUGUGUUUUAUAUGUCAACAUCAUGUCACUUUUCUAGAUUAUUAUGAAUAAUGGAGAAACCAACAUACUGCAAGCGUUGACAUGCCUCAACGUGAGUGUGCGGUGGCAUUAUGCAACACAAUUUCUAUAGUGUGUAAAAAUGGAAAUUACAAUAUCGGUUUCGAUUCGUGGUUUUAUAAAUAACAGGCCAAAGAUGUGUUUAGAACAAGGAACCGAAAUAAUGUAUCAACAUGGAUAUUAUUCAUACCGAUGGGCAUUGUAUAGUACUUUAGAUUUUAUAUCGAUAACUAACAUUUACUAUAUUAAGCAAGACAGAUAUAUUUAGAAUUUUAUUAUUAUUAUUAUUAUUAGUAUCAUUAUUAUUAAAUCAAAUCAAAUUCAAAUCUCUUUAUUUGCAACAAGGUAAACAUUGUUAAAUUUACAAUUUACAAUUCAUGAAAAACGUCAAAAAUAAAUACACAUACUAUAUAAAAUAUUUAAAAUACGAAUUAGAGUACUGUACAAAAAGAAUGAACAAAGGUACAUGGUAAAUGCACAAUAAAAUUAUUACAUGUGUAAUAAUAAUAAUAAUAAUGAUAAUAAUAAUAAUAAUAAUAAUAAUAAUAAUAUUAAUAAUAAUUAUUAUUAUUAAUAUUACUAUUAUAAUUACAGUAUUGUUAUUACAGUAUUAUUAUUCGUAUUAUUAUUAAAUAAAAGCUUAUAUUAUUAUUACUUUUAUGAUCGUUGUCAAGAUCAUCAACACCCUCAUCAUCAUCAUCAUUAUCAUUAUCAUCAUCUUCAUCAUCAUCUUCAUUAUCAUUAUCUCCACUAUCAUCAUUAUCAUCAUCAUCAUCUUCAUCGUCAUUAUUAACAUCAUCAUAGACAUUAUUAAAAUAUAGUUAUUAUGAUAAAUCAUAAUUGUUUUUAUUUGUUCAUUCAUAUUCAUUUUAUUAACUUCUCAAGUUACUUCAAAAAGACUAUUAUGAUACUUCAUACGUAAGAGGUUGAAAUAACCUCAUAAUGAUAAUAAAGUAAAUGUUAAAAAUA